AUGUACAAGGUAGUGGAGCGCAUUAUCCUGGACCGACGCAUUAAACAUCGCGAGGAAACAACGCGCGACGAGCAAGCUGGCUUUCGUCCUGGCCGAUCUACGAUUGACCAGGUGUUCAUCGGCAAGAGAGUGAUCGAAAUCUGGCAGCGGUAUUCGAAGCCAAUGCAACUAGCGUUUCUGGACUUUGAAGCCGCGUUCGACUCUCCUCACCAAGGCCGUCUUCUAAACGCUCUCCGCGCAGAUGGAGUACCUGGAAAGUUCGUUCGCUUGCUUGAUGACAUGAAUCAACGAACAACUGUUGCAAUUCGAACACCAGAUGUCUUACCCCAGUUACCACUUCAAACGCACCCCUUGACUGACCUCGACUACGCCGACGAUGUUGUUAUAUUCGCGGAAAGCAGUACGAAACUUCAACAUGUUGUCAACCUUGUAUCGAAGUUGGCUGCAGCCUAUGGACUACGCCUACGCCCUGAUAAAUGCGAGCAGAUGUGGAUCUCUUCGAGACCACGAACGGGAAUCAGGGUGGACGGACAACCGAUAGAACUCGUCGAUGAGUUAUGUUACCUAGGCUGUACGCUGAAGAACAAUGGCAGCUGCGACAGAGAUGUUCAGCAAAGAUGCGCUAAGGCCACUUCUGCAUCUAACUCCUUAACGAAAUGCCUGUGGUCGACCCCCAUCACCAACGAAGUCAAGCUGCGAGUCUACUUAUCCGCAAAUCGCCCCAUCAUGAUAUACGGAUAG